UUGCCCAAUACCUGGGCUUCAUCAUCUCAUUAUAUUGCCUUUGUAAAAAGUCACAGCAUACGAGCGAUGCAUCCACCUACCUUCGAUCUUUCUCUUUAUCCUACCAUGGAGACCAUCCGUCUUUUGGCAUCUCUACUCGAGCGUAUGACAGCUGCAAACGAUCAGAUCAAUGCAGCAUCUGUGGCAGGUCGCAAAGGUGACAUUCGCCGCACUGUCUCGGCAUCUCCCUUGAGCUCACACCAAAAACCCUUGGCUGCAGUUACGCAUGCUUAUACCCGGUUUCAUGCCCACUCAAUUCCGUCCAUCGACAUAUUCUCUUAUCUGGCACGUAUUCUAAAAUACUGCCCAUGCGCAAACGAAUGCUUUCUCAGCUUAUUAGUAUAUUUUGACCGCAUGUCAAAACAAGCAUUAGCAACCACAGGAAGACCCUUUGCGAUCGACUCGUACAAUAUUCACAGACUGAUUAUUGCAGGUGUUAUGGUGUCAAGUAAAUUUUUUAGUGAUGUCUUCUAUACAAAUACGCGAUAUGCGAAGGUGGGUGGACUACCAGCCUCGGAACUCAAUAUACUCGAGCUGGAGUUCCUUAAACUCAACGGCUUCAAUCUGGCAGUAUCGAUCGUCGAUCUGCAGCGAUAUGGGGACCAGCUAGUAAAGGUGGCGCACAUGGAACAAGAGAUGCGAAAGACACUGGAAAAGGUGUCAUAUUCGCCCAGUCUCUUCCGCCAUGGCCGUUCGACGUCGCUUGGAUCACUGGCAUAUAUGGACAAUUUACAGAAUGAUGCAGCCAUCGAUCGUCUCUGUGAUCUCACUUCGC